AAGAGACUGAUCAACAGUGAAUUACUCCUACCGAGUUCUCCCAUCAGCUCGUUGUGGCCUUUAUAUAUACGCACGCUGCAGGAAGUUUUGAAAAUCGUACGUGAAUGCCUUAGUACCAAGGCUUGGUGUUGGCCUGGAUGCACGAAUCCCGAUAUUUGAGGCA